UCUCAGCAAACUAAAACUAUAAUGGUUUCAGAAUGUCUCCCCACUGAUCUGAUCACCGAGACAUUGUUGAGGUUACCAGAAAAGUCCAUCGCUAGGUUUCGUUCCGUAUCGAAGCAAUGGACAUCAAUAAUCGACCAUCCACAGUUCAAACACUUGUACCUGACCAAGUCCUCCUCGUCUUAUUCUCGUAUCACAUUCGCCAUCGAGGAAAAAGGCCUGUGGAGCAUCUUCUCUUCACCUAAGCAUCAUCGGGAGGCUUCUUCAUCCUCGUCGUCGUCUCUCGUAGUAUCCCCCGAGUUUCAUAUGAAGUUCCCUCCCGACAACAUGUGCAUCUUUCCUCGCGAUCACCGACAGUUCGCGUGUGGCGAUGCCUCCGGUUUGAUCUAUUUCCACAGUAUGUGGACCAACGAGUAUGGUUACGGUGGAGUGUCUGUCGUAUGUAACCCUAAAACAGGACGGUACGAGGCCUUGCCUUUUAUCUCACGGUACAGGAAGUCUUACAGCUUUUUCGGGUUCGAUCCUGUCGGGAAGCAGUACAAGGUGCUUCACAUGGCUUAUCCGUGCGGUCCCGACGACCACAGGGUUAUGACGCUAGGAGCUAGAGGAGCUAGGUGGAGAAAGGUCGACUGUUUGUUGAGACUUGAGCAUAUGAGUGAAGGGGUGUGCAUUAACGGGGUUUUGUAUUGCUUGGGUGACACGUCUGAGUGUGACGAAGAAACGUUGGAGGAGAAGUCUAGGUUUGUGAUAGCUUGCUUUGAUGUUCGGUCCGAGACGUUCAGCUUUCUUUAUCCCGAGAGCUUUUGUGAAUUGAUAAACUAUAACGGUAAGUUGGGUUUGGUUUACUACGAUGAUCUCAGUGAUGAUGUCGUUGAGUUUCGGGUGUGGGUUCUUGAGGAUGCGGAGAAGCGGGGAUGGUCCAAGCAUGCCUACGCUUUGAGGGGCGAUUAUAAGCUCUUCCCGCGUUACGUUUCGGUGGUGGGAGUGAUUUGUACGGGUGAGAUUGUUUUGUCGAUGGCGGAUUAUACGUCCGGACAACCGUUUUAUGUUUUCUACUUCAAUCCUGAAAAGGAUACUAUUCGACGGUUUGAGAUCCAAGGUUUUGGGGAAUACCAUGAUACAUCCAACAACAGUACUCGUAGAGUCCGCGUCUUUGUAGACGAUUGUAGUAGUUUCUACUCCGUUGCUGGCCGUGUAGAGCAUCUUAAUGUUAACGGUCCAACGCUACUCAAGUCUAGCAUCUACGCUCCUUAUGUGUAUAACGAAGAAUCAGAAGAAGAGGAAGAAGAGUAUUGUGUUUUUGGGGCUCGUUUUUAUGGUAAAAAGAAGAGAGGAUGAGGAUGGUGAAGGAGAAAGAGAAGGAAAAGAAGAGACCAUGAAGAGGAUAGAGCCGAUCAUUGAAGUUUGGUGAAAGCAAUG